AUGACACUGCACAGACCAAAAUACUGUAUCAUAGGUGCGGGAGCAGGCGGUCUAACCUGCGCCAGACACGCCCUGAACACAGGAGCCGAAGUGGUGGUAUUCGAGCAGACGGAUCGUAUCGGCGGUACCUGGGUGUACACAGAACAGGUCGGUCAGGACCGGAAUGGGUUGCCGAUCCAUACCAGCAUGUACCGGGGAUUACGCUCGAACAUUCCCAAACAAACCAUGGGCUAUCCGGAUUCAGAUAUCGAAUCGAACGAUUCCUACGUCAGCCAGGAAGAAGUACUCAAAUGGUUGAUGGGAUAUGCCGAUAAGCACGAUCUAAGUAGAUUAAUCAAACUGGAGCAUCAAGUGAUUAGGGUUGCUCCAUUUCGCGGCGACGGGGAUCAGUGGGUAGUGAAUGUGAAAGAUUUGCGUGACAAUUUAUUUUUCACAUAUAAAUUUGAUUUCAUUAUGGUUUGCAAUGGGCAUUACUCUACGCCACUGAUCCCUGAGUAUCCGGGAUCCGAUCAGUUUAAAGGAUUGCUCAUGCACAGUCACGAUUACCGCAGCGAGGACCGAUUUAAAGGACACGAUGUAUUAUUGGUAGGAGCAGGCUAUAGUGCUUCAGACAUUGCAAUCGCGACCGUUAAGCAUGCGAAAAGUUUGGUGAUUAGUCAUCACAACCCAGAGAAAGUAAAAUUCAAUUUUUCAUCUCUGAUUAAAAUCAAGCCAAGUAUUUCGGAACUGAUGGCUACAGGUGCCCGAUUUGUUGACGGUACAGAGAUCAAUUGUACGACCAUAAUCUUCUGUACCGGAUACAAGUAUUCGUUUCCGUUCCUGAGCUCGGAAUGUGGAAUCCGCAUCGAGGAAAAUCACGUUACACCGCUGUUCAAACAUGUUAUCAACAUUUCCCAUCCAACAAUGGCACUGAUCGGAAUCCCGUUCUAUGUCUGUCCCACUCAGAUGAUGGAUUUGCAGGCACGGUUUUGUAUUCAAUUUUUCACGGGAGCCUUACAAUUGCCUGGAAAAGAGAAAAUGCUGCGCGACAUGGAGGCAGAUAUUGAGGAACGUCGAAGGCGAGGUUUGCCGAAAAAAUCGAUGCAUAAGUUGGAAGGUGAUUUACAACCAAGAUACUACGAUGAUCUAGCAAAGACGGCUCAGGUUGAACCACUGAAGCCCAUAGUGAUGAAACUAUUUGACGAGUGCAUGAGACGCCGGGCGGAGGAUCUGCUAAACUAUCGGAACGACAAAUUCGUGGUUACUGGCGACGGUCAUUUUAGAGUGCUGUAGAGAGGUGGUUCUUGUGGAGUUGGAAAAUUCUGAAGAUUUUUGACGAUAGCGUGUUCGAUAACUCAGAACGUAAUCUAGUGUACCAUAUUGCAGGAUACCUUCUUAAGAGGGCUGGAUGUUGUUGGCUCGAAUCAAAACUUGUCGAAAGUAAACAAAGUUCAUUUUAUAUCGUCAAACUGGCGCCCAGGUGGUGAAAUUGUUAGAAUUCCACAGGGUGCUGGAGUGACUAGUUAGAAUCGCUUGUGUUACUGGUGCCCGAAAACGAAUUAGAACCAGCUAGAUUUCCGGCUCCUUUACGGUUGAACUUUACUGGGUUCCGGUAACCAUCCAAUACCCUUCAGGAACCUCUGUUUAAGGGGUACCAUUUCAAUGCGGCUUAGACGCAUAACCGAUGCCUAGGAACCGAAGCGGCGCAAAGCCGUACUUGUUUUGAUCGCGCUGGAGAGAAUAUUUCGGGACGUCACGAGUCUCGUCACUUGUAAUGAAAACGUUUCAUCAAACCUGGUAACACUCAGGAAAUCACCUACCAUAAAUACCUUUGAAGAAGAAUGUCAUAAUAUUCGCAAUUAGAUAAUAGAGUGUUUUGUAACGUUCCGUUUGUGAAUUUAUCAACUAUACAAAAAAGGGAAAAUAAGCCUGAUAGUCGUUCAA